AUGCCGUCCAUCUCCUCACGCACUUUCAGCGAGGCCUUGCGACGCGCCUACCCGUGUUGCCCGCUGCUGCUGCUGGGCUCCGGGUGUGUUGUGGUGCGUGGGGCACCUGGCGCUGCUGCAGCAGGCGUAGAGAGCGGAAAGAUGGGAAAUGGCACAGAUAUGCCGCUGAUCGCCCCGCUUGCUUCGUCUGUGUGCUACUGUGUCAAAGGGGAAGCACACAAAUUGCUGCUGGACCUCACACAGAGACAUGACUACGGCUCGCCACUCUUUUUGCUUUACCAGGACAAUCAAUCGCUUCCGGAUUCAGGAAGCGACACCCAUACACGGCAGCUGCCGUUGACAGUGGAUGGUCCAUAUGGCGAGAAGCCAGGCGUGUCUGUGGCCCGAACGCCGAGAAUCAGACUGCAACUUAUGCGAUGCACCCUGCGAGUGAACCUGACAGACUGCAUGAAAACAAGAAUCUUGCAGGAGGAGUUGCGGCGCACAGAGUCAGAGCUGUGCCUUCUAUACAGACGCGCACAUCCUCCUUCUGGUCCCCUUGCGGGUGAAAAGCCACCAUUGACGAAUGUCCUGCCAACAGACGCAGCGACACCGGUGCAGCUGUCACACCCGUUGCAGCUGGUGUGGGAAAAGACCGGGUGGUACUUUGAAGACUCUGCUGUGGCAACGGAGCAGAUGAAGCGGCGGCCACUUACUUCAAGGUCUGGAGGCUACUGGAGCGCGUGGCUGAAGCCCUUCAGGGCUCCUUUCACCAGUUCGUUCAUGCUGCACGUGCGGGAUAUCCAGGAGUUUUUCGUUGAGGAAGACGUCACACUGGUUAACGUGGAGGCCGCGCCUCGGUUCUUAGAAGAGGGUCACACUGUCCCGUUUUCACGCCGCCACUUACGUAAGGCCCUUGACUAUUGGGCUUCCACUGGGGAACUCGUGGAGCCUGUAGACGCUGAGGAUUCUGGUGAGGCUGCUGCACAUGCCGCCGAUGGCGGUGAUGAAAACAGACAAAACAGGCAUUUCUCGGCAAAGGAUUGCUGCUGGUUCACUGUCGCCGAAUUGGCAGAGCGACAGCUGAAAAUUCGCCCCGGUGGAACGAUCUUCCCGAUGCCAGUGCGCCACGACGGUUGCGGCUUCUUUCUUCACGAGGCGCCACGGUGGUUCCUGCUGUCGUGGGCCGAGGUGCUGCGCGCGUGCCCCCUCUCACUCGCAACGGUAGCGAAUAUUCCGUUUGCAUUGGAGUGUGGCGGGCCACUUGACAUCAUGGCCGCCGCCGAAUGCAACGGGCCACAUUGCGGAGAGUUUGUUUUCGUGCUGCACGAGACUGGUGAGUGGCACGCCUAUCCCCGAAGGCACGGUAUUUUCAACUUCUACCACAGAGUUCCGUACAAGUCAGAGUUUCCAUUUCAAUCUGAGGGCGAAGAGUCCUCGCAUGCGGCGCUUCCGCUGCUCUUUGUGGACAUCAAUGCAGCGGUGCGGCUCAUGCGCGACUGGUCGAGACACCAGGAAAUCCAGCAACAGAAACCUUGUGCAGAAAGCGAAGAGGUGAUAGCGCAGUACAAGCAGUUGAAAACAUUUUUUGCGUCGCUUCCUUCUGCACUUUCUGCCGCCACUUUCGUUAGUGCCUUGGUGGAGCGGUGUGCCACCACCGUUAAGUGCCCGCCACCAUCGACUUUUCCCAUGCGUCGUGACGCAGCAGCAGUGAGUGUAGAGACAUGCAGCAAGGGAAUGCCAACGCUGCCCCACACACUGGAGGACAAUGGUGAGCCAUCCUUUACUGUAAGGAGGGAGUCGCACCGCCAUUUAACCUUCUAUCCUGACAACGACGAAGAUAUUUCAGAGGAUUUCCCCGCUGUGGAUCGUCGUGUGCAUACCCCUGGGCAGCGCCUCUGCAGAGCAUAUACGCAUCCACGCAACGAACAGCGCCAACGUGAUCAUGCGAUCUCUGCACAGCACAUAGACCCUACGGUCGCCCAGGGGAUCAUUGACGCCCGAUGCAAAAGAGAAAAGGCUGAAACGAUGUUAAAAGCACCAGGAGACACGAUCUUUAUGUCCGGAGAACAUGAUGACGGGCAUGCUCCUGCCAUCUGGGACCUUGGCAUAGCUUGGCUCUCAUUCUCUUACAAUGUUCCUGCUGUCAAUGCAUUUGACACGGAAGUGAUGCCGUAA